AGACGUGAUCGAGAUCUGUCCUCUGUGGUCGAAAAGUUUAACAUUACUAUGUUGUGAUCACCGGUUGUGAUCAAAAGCUCACGGAGUCAGGUUCGGCUGUUGUUUGAAUUUUGAGGUUGUGAUUUUUUUGACAGAUCGAGUGAGCGCGCAUAUUAGCAUUGAAUGAUUUCGUCUGGGUAAACAACAACAGCGAAGGAUAUGAAUUAAUUGUGCUUAAUCAAUGGCUAAUAUGUCUGAUGGUGACUACGACUUCCACAGAUCAAGCGGUUGCGAUGAAUUUUUAGUUCAGUAUCAUGCAAUUUCUAAUAAAUUGAAAAAACGAUUCUUGAGAAAGCCAAAUGUAUCUGAAGCCUGUGAUCAGUUUGGUAUAUUAGCAACUCAGUGUGAGCAAAAAGAACUAUGGCAAUAUGCUGGGUUAUGCUGGCUAGCAGCAGCCCGAUGUCAGGGAACGUUGGGUAAUGCAACUGCAGAAGCAAGUUUACUGGCAAGGGCUGGGAGGCAAUUUCUCACAGCAGAGAAAAAAAAUUGUGUCAUUGGAUGUCCAUCACCAGGUCAAGAAAAUAUCCAGGCUGCUGUGAGCUGUUUUGGCCAUUCUUUGGCCCGCACUCAAAAUCAACCUGAAUCUAGUGUAGGGGCUGCUGGUUUGGCACUGGAAUUAGCAAACGCUUUAGGUUCAAGUCCUGCAGGUUCUCAACAACUUCGAAGAGCUCUUAGCAUACACACUACUCCAGAAUCGCUUGGUAUGCUGGCAUCUUCUUAUGUAAAGCAAGGUGAUUACGUAAUGGCUUUAAAUGUACUCACUGAACUAGUGGAACUCGUUGAAGCUAAUGUUGGAACAGGGAAUACUCCAACUGGGAAUAACUGUGAUAUAUUACACAGAUGCGAAGUCAGCAGGGUUCUAUUGCUUCUCAUACUCCAGCCUACACCGCAAAGACUAGCCCCUGGAUUGGCGCAAGUGUUGGAGAAGUAUGCUUGGAUUGAAGAAAGUAAUAAUGCAGGUCCUGGGAUGGGAGAGGACGAAAUGCUGCUCUUCCAGUCCUUAGUAUUAGCCUGUCAGUCCCAACAUUAUCAAGCAUUACUAGAACUUGAGGGCGAGUUGUGGUCAUACUUAGAUGCUGAACAAAAAGAACUGCUGCGUAAGCUAGCGCAAAUAUUAACAACCCGAUAAUUUCUAAGGUGAGCUAAUAAAAUCUAUCACACAAA